AUGGAUCAUGUUAUUGGUGGAAAAUUCAAACUUGGGAGAAAGAUUGGGGGUGGGUCAUUUGGAGAGCUUUACUUGGGUGUGAAUGUACAAACUGGAGAGGAAGUUGCUGUCAAGCUGGAACCUUCGAAGACCAAGCAUCCUCAACUUCACUAUGAGUCAAAAUUGUACAUGCUUCUUCAAGGGGGAACGGGUAUUCCCCAUUUAAAAUGGUAUGGAGUUGAGGGUGAUUACAAUGCCAUGGCGAUUGACCUCCUUGGACCCAGUCUUGAAGAUUUGUUUAACUAUUGCAAUAGGAAAUUGUCUCUGAAAACAGUUCUGAUGCUUGCAGAUCAGCUACUAAACAGAGUUGAGUACAUGCACUCCCGGGGUUUCUUGCACCGUGAUAUAAAGCCUGACAACUUUUUAAUGGGCUUAGGCCGCAAAGCAAAUCAGGUAUACAUAAUUGAUUAUGGCCUUGCAAAAAAGUAUCGAGAUCUUCACACGCACAAGCAUAUACCAUAUAGGGAAAACAAAAACCUCACCGGAACUGCCCGGUAUGCGAGUGUUAAUACCCAUCUGGGAGUUGAACAAAGCAGAAGAGAUGAUCUAGAAUCACUUGGUUAUGUGCUCAUGUACUUUUUGAGAGGAAGUCUCCCUUGGCAAGGUUUGAGAGCUGGUAAUAAAAAACAAAAAUACGACAAAAUAAGUGAAAAGAAGAUGCUUACUCCUGUAGAGGUUUUGUGCAAGUCACAUCCAUUGGAAUUUACAUCAUACUUCCAUUAUUGCCGAUCGCUGCGGUUUGAAGAUAAGCCUGAUUAUUCGUAUCUCAAGAGACUCUUUCGUGACCUAUUCAUCCGAGAAGGCUAUCAGUUUGAUUAUGUGUUUGAUUGGACAAUAUUGAAAUACCCACAAAUUGGAUCCAGUUCCAAAGCCCGACCAAGUGGGAAACCAGUCAUAAAUCCUGGACAAUCUGGAGAGAGAAUCGAACGGCCUUCAGGUGGACCAGAGGUACGUGAUAGAUUCUCAGGUGCAGUCGAGGCAUUUGCAAGAAGGAAUGUGUCUGGGCAUGGUCUGCAUGGUGAUCAUCCUAGGCAUAGGUCAAAGGAUGAUGUGCCAUCCUCUAAAGACGUGCAAGUUGAUUCUGAGAGGCCCCGUAGCUCUUCUCGUCAUGGCAGUUCUUCAAAAAGGCCUGUCUUGUCAAGCAGCCGUCCAAACUCUUCUGGUGAACCAAGUGAAAGCCGCCGACUGGUCAUGAACAGUAGCCGACUAUCUACUACUCAGAGAACUCAACCAGGUUUGGAGUCCAAGACAUCAUCAUUUAAUCGCGCUUCUGGGACAAGAGGUGGCCGUGAUGAUACACUCAGGAGCUUUGAACUCCUAUCACUCGGCACAGGAAAAAGGAAAUGA